GCUUUCCCGAGCCACAGUUCACCAGCCACCUGUGCUUCUGCAUAACUGUCCUCUUUAUACUGAAUGACUCAUCCUGCAGAUUGAUGAACUUUCCACCACCACCACCAUCACCACCACCACCAUUAACAACACAAGAACACAACAACAGCUACUAAUACUAAUACUACUACUUCUAUUCUUAUCGUCUAUUCUCAUCGUCUAUUCUUAUCGUCAUGACGUGAUUCCACUAGAUCCUUCCUUUCACGCAUGGCCUCUCCAUCUUUAUCUCCUGACGACCAACGCAUCAUCGUCCACUUGGAUUAUGACUGUUUCUAUGCCUCCGUCUUUGAAGUGGAGCAUCCCGCCUGGAAAUCCCGUCCGUUGGCCGUCCAGCAGAAACAGAUCGUCGUCACCUGCAACUAUGAGGCUCGUCGUCGUGGGUUACGCAAGCUGCAACUCAUCCGUGAGGCGAAGCAGAUCUGCCCCGAGCUUCUGGUCGUCUUAGGUGAGGAUCUGUCCCGGUUUCGCGAUGCCUCCAAAGACCUCUACCACUUCCUGCGCCCCAUGGUGUGGGGAGGGCGUGUCGAGAAACUAGGGUUGGAUGAGUUGUUUUUGGACGUCUCCCACAUGGUCGACUACAAUGUGGACCAACUCAACCCCCAUGAUCUGGACCACUCGUUCUUCCACCUCGACCGACACGAUCCCACCCGGGGAUUUGUCUUCAGUGCCACCACCGUGCAGGGGCCCACCUAUCCAGCGGACGGGGCGCAAUCGGUGAGGAAUGACACCCGCCUCGACAUCCGCCUCCGCCUAGCCUCGCAUCUGGCUGCCUACCUCCGCGCCCAGCUGGAGACCCAAAAGGGCUACACCGCCACCGCCGGCAUCGCGACCUCCAAGCUCCUGGCCAAGCUUGUUGGCAGCACCCACAAGCCCAACAGCCAAACCACCCUCCUCCCCCCGUACGGACCAUCCCCGCCUGAUGUCCAAGGCAACGUCCGGGACUUUCUGGACGGCCACCAGAUUCGCCAGAUUCCCGGCAUCGGCUCUGCCCUCGCCCGGAAGAUCACCGCGCAUCUGACGGCCGCGGACCCCGAUGACCCCGUCACCGUCCGGGACCUGCGUCGAUGUGCGGGCAUGGGCCCCGCGCGGCUGGACCGCAUCCUCAGCGGCCCCGGAGCUCCCAAGGAGAUCGGCUGGCGUGUUUGGCGGUUGAUUCACGGCGUUGACACCGCCGAGGUCCUGCCGGCUCGGGACCUCCCUACGCAGAUCAGCAUCGAGGACACGUACGGCCGCCUCGACACCAUCGAACAGGUCCGCAAAGCCCUGGUCGCGCUGACCAUCAGCCUAAUCCGGCGGAUGCGGACCGAUCUGACGGAGCCAGCGACCGACGUCCCUCGCGGACUCCGGUGGCUUGCCCGUCCCCGGACGCUGCGGCUGUCCACGCGCCUCCGACCGCCCGUCCAGGCGAACGGAACGCGCGGCCUCGGGGGGAAUCGGGUCUCGCGCUCCGCCCCGCUGCCGCCGUUCGUCCUGCACCUCGACGAGCACAUUGAUGCGGUGGCGGAGCGACUGGUCCAGGAGCGGACGCUGUCCUUGUUCCGUCGACUGCACCCCGAACCGUCCGGGUGGAACUUGCACUUGAUGAACGUGGCCGUGACGAAUCUGGCCGAGACGGCGAGUAGCGGACAAGACAUUGGUCGGAUGUUCCAGCGGCCAGAGUCGAGCCGCCCCCAAAGCCCGCCCGUGGUCGUCGAGCGGGAUCCAGUCAGCGCGGAAGGGUCAGCGGUGGAGGAAACACCGCUCUCCCCGACGUCGGACGAGGAUGGAUGGGGGGAUAGCGACGAGGACCGCAUCCCGUCCGUGCCCUGUGCGACCUGCGGGGUGUCCAUCCCACAUUUUGCCCUGGUCGCUCACCAGGUGUACCAUUCGGUGGCCGAAUCAUGACGGCCGGGCGGGGUCUACGGUUCCACGGUACGGACGAUUACGGUGUUUCGGACAGAGAGAUGCCCUGGAGCGGAACCAGGAUCUAUUCCAUGCCCUGAGCGGACACACUGAUGGGUCGAGAUUGUCUGUCCACGUAGACUUCAUGUAUUCCUAAUCGCUCGUC